AUGGCUGCGACCUGUGAGAUCAGCAACGUUUUCAGCAACUACUUCAGCACCAUGUACAGCUCGGACGACCCCACUCUCGCCUCUGUGCCCCCUGCGCCCACCUUUGGGGCCGAUGACCUGGUGCUGGCCCUGGGCAGCCCGCAGGUGGCCCUAGAGGGCUCAGAGAAGGCCAGCUGGCUAGGGGAGCAGCCCCAGUUGUGGUCCAAAGCGCAGGUUCUGGACUGGGUCAGCUACCAGGCUGAGCGGCACAGGUGUGACCCCGGCACCAUCGACCUCUCACGCUGCGAGCUGGACGGGGCGGCCCUGUGCCGCUGCGCACCCGAGGAGCUGCGCCUGCUGUUCGGACCCCUGGGGGACCAGCUCUACUCACAGCUCUGGGACCUCACUUCUAGCUUCCCCGACGAGCUCAGCUGGAUCAUGGAGCUUCUGGAGAAGGACAGCCUGGCCCUCCAGGAGCCUCUCGGGGAGCAAGGCCCCUUUGACCAGGGAAGCCCCUUCGCCCAGGAGAUGCUCGAGGACUGCAGGCAGGCCAGCCCCACCUACCCAGGCAGCUUUGGCGCGGGGGCGCCCUCCCCAGGCAGCUCCGACGUCUCCACCACAGGGACUGGCGCGUCUCAGAGCCCCCAUGCCUCGGACUCUGGUGGAAGUGACGUGGACUUGGACGCCCCAGACAGCAAGCUCUUUCCUGGGGAUGGCUUUCCUGACUACAAGAAGGGGGAGCUUAAGCACGGGAAGCGGAAAAGGGGCCGGCCCCGAAAGCUGAGCAAAGAGUCCCGAGAGUGUCUGGAAGGCAAGAAGAGCAAGCAUGCCCCCAGAGGCACCCACCUGUGGGAAUUCAUCCGUGACAUCCUCAUCCACCCGGAGCUCAACGAGGGCCUCAUGAAGUGGGAGAACCGGCAAGAGGGCGUCUUCAAGUUCCUGCGCUCAGAGGCUGUGGCCCAGCUGUGGGGCCAGAAGAAGAAGAACAGCAGCAUGACCUACGAGAAGCUGAGCAGAGCCAUGAGGUACUACUACAAGCGGGAGAUCCUCGAGCGGGUGGACGGCCGGAGACUUGUCUACAAGUUCGGCAGGAACUCCAGCGGCUGGAAGGAGGAGGAGGUGGUGGGACACAGGAACUGAGAGUCGGACC